CCAAAGAACAUAUUUUAGUAGUUCAAGUGCAACACAAGUACUAAUGGUAUACCAACUAUACAGUCAUAGGCUAAAUCGAUUACACAUUUCAGUACAACUCCGGUAGCCAUUUGUAAUCUCGUCGUACCCGCGAGCGAGCUAAGCAAAUUAAGUUCCAACGGCCAGUGUUCCAGUAUCAAGAAAAAUGCCAACUUACAAGCUGAUGUACUUCAGGGGCAGGGGCAAUGGUGAAUUGCUGAGACUACUAUUCGCUCAAGCUGAGGUGAAAUACGAAGAUGUGAGACUGAGGCGUGAAGAAUGGGAGAAAAUCAAACCGACUUCGCCUUUUGGUGUGAUGCCUAUGCUGCAGAUAGAUGACACUUUGGUAGGAGAGACAGGAACUAUUGCAAGAUAUAUUGCUCGAGAGAAUGGACUUGCUGGAAAUACGAGUGUUGAGCAAGCUUUAGCUGAGUCAGUCGUUGAUUCAAUGGGAGAUGUCAAGAAGGCAUUCGGAAAAGCCUUGUAUGAGAAGGAUGAUGAACGAAAGGCUGAGUUUUUUAAGCAAGCGAUGGAGACCCUCGACAGGUGGUAUGGCUUCAUUACAAAAAUGUACACUAGGAAUAGUGAAGGAAAGGGGUGGCUCGUUGGCGACAGUCUGACUCUAGCUGAUAUUGCAGUGUUCAGUUUGAUUGAUCUACUAAAUAUGAAGCAUCUAGCAGACGCUGCACCUGUAGUUGACAAACACCCACUUAUAGUCUCCCUCAGAGACAAGGAUCUACAUGGACUAGGUGUGGCUCUAGACUGGAAUAAACGAGGCCUAGAUCGCCAUCCUAUAAAUUCUCAUAGUCCUGAAACAUAUGUGAUAUCUCAAAAUAAGCCAGCUAUGGCAUCCCCAGCAACUGAUAAGGAAUACACAAUAGGUGGCGUUAAAGUGAAGUUUCCACACAAGGCAUACCCUUCCCAGCUUUCCAUGAUGUCAAUGAUAGUGAAAGGCCUAGCCAAGAGUCAAAAUUCCCUAUUAGAGUCACCAACUGGUAGUGGAAAAAGUUUGGCUCUGCUGUGUUCAGCACUUGCCUGGGUGCAGCAUGAAAAAGAAAAGAAUGCCCGCCAUGAAGAUACUGGAAAAGCUGAUAAUUGCAACUGCCACUGCCAUGAGGAAGCUGCACCCAUUGAAUCUGCUACGGAAAAAUCACCAUACUUCAACAAUGAAACAUGUAACACAAACGAUGAUACUUGUGACACAAAUCAAGAAUUUAGUAACACUAGGAAAGAACCUUCGGUAGAUUUGGAUUUUGAUGACUUCAAAGCUCCUCAAAGGUUUAGAACUCCUACAACUGGAAGGUCUCAUACCAAAAUUGGUUAUGAAGAUAGUCCUACCACCCCUUUCAACAAGAUGGACUCUCCCAGCACUGAAUACUUUAAACUUGGGAAGAGUUCAACUGAAGCUGAAUCUGAGGGUGCACAGGGUGGAUUCAUCAAUUGUGAUUGUGCUUGUAGACAACAGACCAAAAGGAUAAGGGUCCCGAAGAUCUAUUUUGGUACAAGGACACACAAGCAGAUUACUCAGAUAGUGAGGGAGCUGAAUAAAACAUCAUACAGUCACAAUACCAGAAUGUGCAUUCUGUCCAGUAGAGAGCAGGGCACAUGUAUCCACCCAAUAAUCAGUGAAGAGAAAAACAAAACAGAGGGCUGUCACACUUUACUUGAUCACACUGGCUGCUCUUAUAUGGACAAAGCUAAGAAAGUAGGCUAUAAUACCAUUGAGGGUUUGUUACUGAUGAAAGGGAAGAGUCCGGCAUAUGAUAUUGAAGAUCUUGUUGAUGUCUGCAAAACAAAAUCACUUCAGGCUUGUCCGUACUUCUUGAGUCGCAACAUCAUGACACAAGUUGACAUAGUGUUCUGCCCUUACAAUUAUCUGAUAGAUGCCAACAUACGUGCAAGUUUGAGUAUUGACUUAAAGAAUGACAUAGUGAUCUUAGACGAGGCUCACAAUAUAGAAGACUCAGCCAGGGACGCUGCCAGUUUCACUGUGGGCAAAGACCACUUGGAAUAUCUCAUACCAGACCUCAAGAGAAUGAUGAAUGCAAAAGUGAAGUACUUUGAGCAUGACAGAAUGCAAGGACUGAUUUGCAAAAUGAAAGAUUUCAUGUCAAGUCAGACGAAAAAUUUAAAGAUGCGUAAAUAUGACACCCAGGUGGCAUCUUGGAGUGGAGUAGAAAUCAUAGCGCAACUUGGUAACCUUGGCAUUACAAGAGAAAAUUUUCAAAUGUACAAGGACACACAUGCAAAAAUCUGUGAAAAAGAGGAUGACUUCAUGUCUGGAAAAAGAGGGAAAGAUCCAACAAAAGAAGUCAAACUAAGCGGCUUUUCCCGGAAAGUUCUGGAAGGACUAUUCACUGUUUUGGAUUACAUUUUCCGUCAUAACAUGAAGUACACAGAAGACUUUCGGAUGACAAUUGUGAAAACGAUAAGGUUUUUGGUGCAACAUAAAAACCAGGAGGCAAACACAAAUGAUGUUACACUAUCUAAGAAGACUGGUAAACGGAAAAUGGAGGAAACGUUUGACCUCAACUUCUGGUGCAUGAAUCCCGCAGUGGCUUUCUCUGACCUAGUUGACACACGUAGUGUUGUCUUGACCAGUGGGACAUUAUCUCCAAUGGACUCCUUUCAAAGCGAGCUUGGGAUGCCAUUCCCUAUUAAACUUGAGGCCCCGCAUGUCAUCAACUCUGACCAGGUGUGGGUCGGUAGCAUAGCUCAGGGACCAAAGGGUGUAAAUCUACGUGCCACAUAUGCAAAUACAGAGAUGUACAACUUCCAAGAUGAUCUCGGAUCACUUAUACUAGAUGUCUGUAAGACUGUGCCCUAUGGUGUGUUGUGUUUCUUCUCUUCUUACUCUGUACUAGAAAAGUUCUCACUAAGAUGGAAGAUGACCGGUCUAUGGGAAAAUCUGGAACAACAUAAGCAAGUAAUGUCCGAACCAAGAGCAUCAGACAAAGUUGACUUUGAUGGCCUCUUGCAAAACUUCUAUCAAAUUAUAGAGGAAACUGAUGCUGGUAAUAUAGAUGAUGACAGAACUGGUGCGCUCUUUCUUGCUGUUUGUCGGGGAAAAGUGAGCGAGGGUAUGGACUUUGCUGACAACAAUGCAAGAGCAGUUAUCACUGUUGGUAUACCAUUCCCAAGCAUCAAAGACUCACUGGUUGAACUAAAGAAGCAAUACAACAACCAGUACUGCAAGUCAAGGGGCCUCCUCACUGGCAAUGAGUGGUACGAGAUCCAGGCAUAUAGGGCCAUAAACCAGGCACUGGGAAGGUGUAUCAGACACAAACAGGACUGGGGGGCUCUUAUAUUGGUGGAUGAUAGGUUUGGAAACAACCCACAGAAAUAUAUCAAAGGUCUCUCCAAGUGGGUGCGUAGUAAGGUGAAACACCACAACAACUACAGAGCAGCUUUAGACUCUUUAAAACAGUUCACUGUCCAUAGGCAGGCAAACCCAGUGCAGGACACUAGCGUGAUGAUGUCCCCAUGUUUAUCACAAGUUGGAUAUCCUCCAGCCACCCAGAAAUUACACACCCUCUGUGACACACCACAUAUUCGGGACACCCACUCUGACACACCACAUAAAGUGGUAGACUUAACAAAGGACUCACCACACAAACCAAUGGAUGCACCAAAGUCAACAAUUGGUACUAAAGAUAUGAACACUAGCAAUUUGAAUCAUGGCGAAUCAGAUGCAUUAAAACUUCAACCCCAGGUCCAUAUUGUAGAUCACGAAAACAAAAAAUACAAGAUAAAAGUACAUCAAAGUGUGUCUCAGAAAAAUGUGUCUCUAAUCAUAGACACUCUUAGGUGCAAGUAUGCCAACUUAGUAAAAGACACAAAGUUCAAAAUAAGUGUCUUUGAUCCUAAAAUAAGCCCUGGGAAGGUCUUAGUUGAGGUAGUUGUGUCGCGUUGUGAUGAGGAAGAGGUCAGACUCAUUGAACAAUCUGUAUCGCAAACAAGCAUUGAGAAUGAUGCUGAAAAAGAUGGACACAGAAGUCCAGGUGAAAGUGCCAAUCAGAAUUUAAACUCAAUGGACAUUAAGGGUCAUAUCAAUAGUGCAAAAGAACCACUGAAAGACAGUGAAAAUAUGCUAAAAUUUGUCGACAUUCCAAGCAGAAAGAGUGAAUUAAAGUUCGAGAGGGAUGACACUAUUGGGGCAUCUGGGGCUUUGACACCUCCUUUGUUCGAAUCCGACAACCAAUCAACACCCGAGUCUCAACCUAUGAGUUUGGAUUAUGGGAAGAUAAACACUACAGAAAACGCUGGCUCUAAACCCAAUGAUGUAAACCAUGAGGUAAAAUGUAGACGUCCAAUUUUUAAAGUAACUAAACAUUUAGAUGAGAAAUCAGAAGAUGAAUUGAAUCAAGAUGGCUGCCAAACUAGUAGAAAACCCCAUCAGGAUGAAACUAUUGCAAAUGUAAAUGAUCUAAAUCAGGAAGAAACUGUUGCAAAUGGCCUAGAUGAGGAUUUCUGUGAAUUAGAUGAGUUGAAUACUAGAAGAGCAAAGAAGAAGAGAAAACCAACACCUUUGAAGUCUGAUAAGAUGAAACGCACCAGGAGUGAAUCAAUGGGAACGACAGAUCACCCUGCAGUUGACCAGGAUGCAGCAAUUGAGACAGGAGAGGCAAUUACUGUAGAUGCAAGGUGCCCAAAAUGCAGAACAUUGAUCGCAACAAGAUUGCAAGGCUACAAGAGUGAUGUUGUCCCAUCCUUCCUACAGGCCAAUAAUCAAGUCUACUACUUCAAUGAAAUGGAUAAAUUGCCACGGAAACUAAAAAUUAUUGAAAGUGGGGACCUGAAUGCAACCUGGAGUGAAGACCAUUGCGUACAGUAUGUGACAUGUGCAAGUAAACGCUGUUCAAUGUUAGACACCCCUACCUCACUGGGGGCAGUUGUAAGAGUGUGUAGCUCACAUUCUGCUGGUCCAGUUAGACCAAAUCAGCUGUGGCUGCUACAAGAUGCCAUUAAGUGAACAGCAGACAACUUUAUCCCACAGUGACAAAGAUUGUUAGAAUAGCCAUAUAUGCCCAUGAACAUUGAUCAAGUGAUUUUUCGUUUGAGUAUGUUUACCCACAGUGAUGUGAACAUUACACAUUAGGAAAAACUUGGAAAUUAGAGAAAAUAAACUUUUAUGUAUGUUUCACUCAAAAACUUUAAAGUAAUUGGAUCUGAAAUUUUUAUGAUGGAGGUAAUUCAGUACCUCAAAAUUAAAUAAUGAAAUAAAGGUCCAUAUGCGAGCCAAAAAAACUUUAUAAAGCUUAUGUUAUUCUUUGCAUAGUUGGGAUACGGUUCUGGACCUCACAGCCCAGAUUUCCAUCCAGAAUAAUGGAACAUGAUUUUCUAACUGAAAAAUUCAAGUGGUCAGUUUACACCAACACCUGCUAAUCUGCAUUUUGCUGUACAUAACUGAUUUAAAUAAAAAUUUCUUAUACCGUGGUCAGAGCAAUAUCUGGUUUAUAAUAGCAAGUGAUAAAUCACA